AUGCCUUCAGACUCCGAGAUAGAGACUUCAACCCUUAUGCCACACGCUGAGCCUCGUCCGCAGAUCCGCCGGCCACUCAGCAGCAUUGACUUGCCUCCCGUGGUCCUCCCGGAGAGCUCAGCACGAGGAGACAAGCAAGCUGAGGUCAGGGAAAGCCUAUCCGACGAGAGCUUACGGGCGGACACUCCUGAAGAGAAGGUGUGGACGGAUGAGGGGAGGAAGUGGCUGGAGUUUGGUGAGGCGGUGUUGAAGGAGGUCUGGAGUGACGCUCGGGACUACCUGCACACAAGUAUCCAUCCCAAGCACGGCGGCGGAGACUCAGACAGCUGGGGUAGCGCCGAAGGACAAAGAACGCGGCCUCCGCAGCCUCCGAUUAACCAGCAUGAGGACGCGACGACGUUCUUCAGGGAUGGGCGGCGGCGCAUUGACUACGUGCUGGUGUAUGAGGACGCGGAGGGAGCGGCGCGGAGGACCCAGGAGCGGGAGAAGACGCUGAUUAGGACGGUGAGCGAGAAGAGGAUGAAGAAACACGAGACUUGGCGGGAGAAGUUCAUGACCUCGCUAAUGAAGGCUGGGCUACAUAUGGAGGAGGUGAGUGCUGCAUGGAAGUCGAUGUUUUGUUAUGUUAAGUCGAGGUUUGGUUAAGAUAGGUCGAUGUUUUGUUACGGAAGUCGAGUUUUGGGUAGGGUUAGUCGAAGUUAGGUUAUGUUUAAUUGAUAAAUCGAUUAUUUAGUUUAAUUGAUGAUCGAUAAAACAUAAAUUGAAGAAGAGAUUGGGAGAGAAAUGCAAAAAGAUAGAAGGAAAAGGAAAGGUGAAGUGAAAUGUACUCUGGAAAAUUAAAUAUUAAGGUAGAGAGAAAAAGAGAAAGGGAAUUAAGACAGACAGGAACAGAGGCGAAAGAAAAAAGAAAUAAAGAGGAAUUAAGUAGGAGAUGGAAACAGAAGCGAAAGAGGAGAUAGAAGUAAAAGGAAAAGUAAAUGAGUUAGGAAUUAAAGAGAUAGAAACAAAAUCGAAAGAAAAUUACAAGGAAAAGGAAAGGA